AUGCAUCCCUCAAAGCUGCUCACAAACCAGCCUAACAAGGCCAUCUACAUCGACAGCAUCGCAACCCUCUCCGAUCCUCUCUCCUCCAUGUCCUCCAUCUUCCCUCUCAUCUCCCUCCUGACCAUGGCCUACCACGUCCGGACACCACAGCCCUGCUCCCAGGAACGCCUUCUCACUCUCCUACACACAAUGUCACCAGCCUUGACAACAGAGAUAAACACAAAGUACUCCCGCGAGGAGAUCCUCAACUCCUUCGUCCACUUCCUCAGCCCCGUCCUCAACGGCAUGGCGGGCAUGCUAGAGCUCCUCACAAACGUCGACGCCUUCUCACGGCCCGAGGACUUCCGGCAGUUCUGGAGCCUCGAGCGGAGCAAUUUGAUCAGGGAUUUCGUAGAGAGCGGGGGACCGUUGCGGGGGAUGCAGGGCUACGACGUCCCCUUCCUCGAGACCUUUGUGAAGGACUCGUCGUGCAGAAUCGCCCUCGGUAGCAACAAGGGUAUGCUUCUGCUGGUCCCUGGCGACGCCGAGGUCGGCGACGAUGUGUGGUGGGACGAAGAUGAGCAGCGUCUCACUAUCUCUAAAAAGGGCAUCGAGGAUCUCAACACCAAUGCCGAAGCAUAUCUCGACAAUGGCUCAAGAAUAACCGUCAUGGCUAUUCCUUCUGCCAUGUAA